AUGUACGUUACUCCAACCAUCCUACUCGCCUUCGCGGCCACUACUCUAGCCACCCCUCUCACUGUAGAAGAAACGUUCACUGACAGCUUCAACGCUACCCUCAUCCCCCGCAAAAACCUCAACGCCUGUCUCGCCAACGAGAAACACAACUUACAAGACAGCGUCUACUUGGAUGUCAUGAAUCAAUUCUGCGAUAAUCACACACCCACAGAGAUUGUCGCGGACACACCACUCGUCUUUACCUACGACGUCACCGCCUACGACGACAAGCCCAUCCGCUGGAUCUUCAAAGUCAGCAUCGAUUCCACCUUCAGAGUCGGCAUCGAUCCUGGUUCAGGACGCGAUACAACGAAGUAUGCCUUUACGAUGACUAACCAGCUUUGCAAGGACAGAUUCAAGGGAUUUCUGCAGGGAGAAGGUGGCGGCAUGCCCAAGGUGUACUCGCCUUUAUACAAAGACCCUGCGUACCGAAUCUCCGACCGAGCUUCCAGUGACAGUCCAUUUACAUUUCCUGCCCGUCCACCCACCGUCCACGCGAAUACCCUUUGGUCUACUCGAAACGGUCUACACUCAACUAUGGCAUCUGAAGCAGUCGCCAGCUCGGCCACUGAGGGUCUCACCCCAGCCCAGAAGCUCAUGCAAGAACAUGCCGACCACCAUGUCACCGUCGAGGACGUUGUCGACGAGGAGGAUAUCGCCCAUCCUCCUGCCGCCGCCAAGUCUGCCGACGAUGGCUCUACUCCUCUCAGUGAGAAGGCUGCUGGCAAGCAAAAGGCCGAUGCCGCUCCUGCUGCCCCGAAGAAGCCGGCCCUGAACACUUCGUCUGAGGAGGCCUUUCCAGCCCUCGGCCCCGUCAAACCUCGCGCUCAAGCUGCUGUCGCGCCUACCUGGGGCAAGAAGCCUGCCUCUGUUACCUCCAACGGCGUCAAUGGCAGUGCCGCCAGCAAUGGCACGUCCACCCCGAUCGCCAUUGGCCGUGGCCCCGCCCUCCCGUCUAUGAACAUCCCCGGCAAGCACACGGAGCGCAUCUCUCUCGCUACUCACCAGGUCGCUAGCCGCGCUGAGCUGAAGAAGCCCAUCAACGAAAUUGUCCGCGACAUCAACAGGCGUUCCAAGGCUAAGCUCGAGUACAAGCAGGCACCAGGAGGUCUCGUCUUCGAGGCCACCGGUCCGGUUGAAGCUGUCCGCCAGGCUCUCAAGGAAGUCGCCAAUGAGGUUGGCUCCAAGCAAUCCGUCGAUGUCCCUGUCCCUGCCUCUGUCCGCGCCCACAUCAUCGGUCGCCAAGGUUCCAAGAUCCAGGAAAUCAGCAAGCGCACCGGUGCCCGCAUCAACGUCCCCAAGCCCGAAGCGGGUGAGGAUGAGGAUACCAUUAUCAACGUGCACAUCGAGGGCAAUGCUUUGACGGCUGAGAUGGCUCGUCGCGAGAUUGAUGCUAUUGUCAACGAACGCACCUCGACUGUCAACCUCCGCCUCAAGGACAUCCCUGCCGAGUUCUAUCCUUUCCUCGCAGGCCCGAACAACGUUCAUACUGAUAGGCUUGUGCAGGGUCGUGACGUGAACAUCCAGAUCCCAACCUACCACACCUGGCAGUCGCAGGCUCCCCCUCAGGCCUCCCGAGGCCAACCCGUUCCUUUUGCUCCCCAGGCCAACUUCCCCAUUCAGAUCUCUGGUGACCGCGCCGCUGCCCAGGAGCUACAGGCUGAACUCGAACGCCGUGCUCAGCAGCUCCGCCAGCAAUUGGCUAUUGAGCAGCGAUCCAUCGAGCGUGGUAGGCACCAGUUCAUCGUCGGUGACCGGGGCCACUCUCUCCAUGACUUCUUGGAGGAGACUGGCUGCAGCAUCGUCAUGCCUCCUAGCUCGGAUGAUAGCGAGACUGUCUAUAUUGUUGGCCCACCCAAUAAGAUUGAGCAGGGUAUUAACAAACUCGAGGACCUCGCCGCCAGCAUGACCAUGGCCACUGCUGACGCUGCUCGCGAGCACAGGGGUCCUAAUGCUCAAGCACAUGCACACAACAUCACCCGCUACUUACGUCAACGCAAGGCUUUGGCUGACCUUGAGCGCAAGCACGAGGCCAGUAUCGUCGUUCCCACUGACCGCGACGCCCCCACUGGCUGGGAGAUUUAUGCGCGUGACGGCAAGAACAGCAUGAAGGCUCGUGGAGACAUCAUGAGUGUCUUUGCGUCUCACCCUCCCAGCAGGUUUGCUACCAUGAACGUAGAUCCUUUCUACCACCAGUUCCUGCGCCAGCGUAACGCACCAAAGGUUCGACAGGACCACGGUGUGCACAUUGUCUUCCCCGACGAGUCUGAGCAAUCACCAGAAUUAGUCCUCGUUUACGAAGGCCAGACUCCAUAUGAGGAAUAUGCUAUUCCGCGCGGCGCACCCUCUCCAGCUGAGAUCAAAGCAUACCAGCAAGGUCUGCGCGACGCUCAGCAAUACAUCCUUGGCCUGACCAAGGACCAACCACAAAUCGAAGCCCGUGGUCUUGAGUCCAACCCCAAGUUCCAUCGCAAGAUUGAGCAGUUUGUCAACGACUCACAAAAGGGACUUACUCCUGACCAAGUCCCUGUCCAGGCUUUGUUCGGCCAACGACGGCCUGAGGCCCACAGCCAGUCCAAUAACAGCUUUGCCAUUCGUGGACCUGCGAGCGCGGUUGACGAGCUCAACGCUAAGAUUCUUGCUUUCAUUGAGCAAGCUGAGAAGGAUGAGCUUGAGCGCAACCAUGUCACCGCCUUCGACUACCCACAAAAGUAUGCAAGCCAUCUUGUUGGCAAGGGUGGAGAGAACAUUCAGCGUCUGCGCCAAAAGUACGAUGUCGAUGUUCAGAUCAACGAUGGCAAGGUUGAGCUCAAGGGACCUUCUGCCAAGGCCCAACAAUGCAAGAAGGAUAUCCUUGACAUGGCUAAGAAGCUUGAGGACGAGGCUACUCACAUCCUAAAGGUCAAGCCCCAAUACCACCGUGACCUCAUCGGCAGCGGUGGUAAACAAGUUGAGCGUCUUCAGGACCGUUACAGUGUGCGCAUCAACUUCCCCCGACGAGCGCAAAACGAUGACGAGGCUGGUGAAGCAUCGUCACAGAAGAACGUUCGUAGUGGUCAGAACCAGGAUGAGGUCAUCAUCCGCGGACCCAGGAAGGGUGCUGACGAGGCUCGUGAUGAGGUGCUCAGUCUGCUGCAGUACCUCAUGGACAACUCACAUACCGACACUGUCUCGGUUGCGCAGAGCAACAUCCCGCGACUGAUUGGAUCAGGUGGUCGCGAGAUGGAGAACCUCCGCUUGGAGACCGGCUGCCAGAUUGAUGUUCCUGGCGCCCGUGAGGGCGCUGAUCCUUCUGGUCGCGCAGAGAUCAAGCUCAAGGGUACCAAGAAGGCUGUUGAAGAGGCAAAGAAGAUCCUCCAACAGCGUGCUCGGGAAUUUGAUGACACUGUUGUUGAGACUCUUGACGUGGACAGGAAGCACCACAGGAACCUCAUUGGAGGCAGCGGCGCAAACAUUCGCUCCAUUGUUACUUCAGCCGGCGGACCAGACAACUCUCGUGAUUUGGCCCGUAUGGUGCGAUUCCCUCGCGCAGAGUCAGAUGAAUCGACUAUCCGCGUAGAAGGCCCUAAGACUGUGGUCGAGAAGAUCAUUGCUGCAUUGAAGGCACAGGCGGCCUCGUUGGAGAACCAGACUAGCGAGACCAUUGAGAUCUCUCCAGACAAGCACCGUCUGCUCAUCGGUCGUGGUGGCGAGACACGUCGCUCUCUUGAAUCGCAGCUCAACAUCCAGUUGGAUAUCCCCAAGCAGACAACGACUGGCGCAGCCCGUAGUCAGGUCAAGAUUACUGGUGAGCCUGCCGCUGUCGAGAAGGCCAAGGAGCACAUUCUCGAGCUCGUUAAGGGCCAGGAAGGCGAGACUAUCCAGGUCCCACGAUACCUCCACCACACCAUCUCAGACAACGGCCAGUUCUUCCGUCAACUCCGCAACCAGCUCAAGGUUACUGUCGACCAUGGCAGUGAACAGCUUCCUCCCAAGCCUGCGCAGACCGAAGCUGGAAAGGCUAGGAAGGGUGCCAACGGCGCUCUGCCUUUGAUCACCGACGAUGCUACCUCAGGAGCCGAUGAGCACUCAUGGGAGAUUGUCGACAACAAUGCACCUGAGGAGGGUGCCGAUCUUACGGCUACCAUCCCCUGGAUCCUACGCGGUCCUACUGAGAGCUUGUCCAAGGCCCGCCAGAGGCUUGAGCAGGCCAUUGAGGCUGCUUCCAAGCCUUCCUCUACUGGUUACCUCAUCCUGCCCGACCCUCGAAGCUACAGGCUCGUUGUCGGACCUGGAGGUGCCACCAUCAACGAUCUUCGCAAGAAGACGGGUACCAAGAUCCAAGUCCCCCGUGACCAGGCCAAGGAUGAGGCCAUUGAGAUUGUCGGUACCAAAGACGGUUGCGAGGAGGCUCGCAAGCUGAUCCUCGACAUUGUCUCCAAGGGUGGUAACGGUGGCCGCCGAGACCGCUCUUAA